AAUAAUAAUUCUGGUUUUAAUAUUCAAAAAAUUCGCGGGAAAAGAUUCAGAUUUCAAUCAGAGUUCUCUAGUAUCUAAUACUUAAUACAUUGAGAAAAUGUCGUCUCUUGAAGCAGGUCCAAGACCAGUGCAAGUAUCUCCUUUAAUUAAAUUUUCUCGAUGGAGUCUCUUGUUAACUGGAAUUCUAUAUGGUGCUUAUCAUCAAAGAAGAUUUACUAGAAAAGAAAAUGCUCUUCGUGAACAAGAACUUAAAGAAAAACCUAUUAGGGAUGCAAAAUUAGCAGAAGAGAAAAAGAAACUAUUGGAAGCUGAAGCAAAAAUGAUAGAAGAAUGGUCAGGAAUAAAAAAAUAAAAUAUAAUACAUUUCAGUAGUAUAAAUAUGUAUUUUUUUUAAAUUAAUAUUAUUUUAUAUCUUUAAAAAAAUCAUUAUGUCAAUUUUGGUUCAUUACAAUAAAUGUUAAA